UGUCUGACCGCAGAAAUCUCUCCUUUCUGUCCCAGAAUCUUUCGUCAACCCACACCUCCGCGCCCAUCAACUCGGCAUCGCUGUUUAUCUACACGGCCGCUCUCGGAACGUCAAAUCUCCAUCCAACGCACACCACUACAUAGGACUGCAUCUUCACUGCAGCCGACAAUCAACGAUAGCUUCAUUUCUUCCAGUAGGGACUUGCCUUCCAACCAAUCUAGCCCGCACCCAGAAUUCCUAACUUCCACUUGGUGUAGCUUUACGGGGCCUGCAGAUGUUCUAACUACUGAACGCUGCUCUCUUUCCAUCGAUCCACUCAGCCCCCCUACGCCUGCUGCCUUGACAACCAUCCCAGGAUUAAAGCCGUUUCCGUCUUCCCAAAUUAUAAACGAACCCUUUUCCUCUACUAGAUACCCGAGCUUCACUAUUGAGCAUAAAAGUUUUAGUUUAUCCUCCUCUUUGGUACCAGUCGACACGAGACCCUCACUCCCCUCCGAACAACAUAACCUCCGUCUUGAGCUAAGGCUGACUCCAACACCUCUUUCCUUCCGCAAUGCUCAUGCUCCAUACAAGGACCAGCUCUCACCCAAACGGAUUACUUCCACUACUGCUGCUACCUGUCCGAAUCCUAAAUCUCAGUCAGAUUCCUUGUCAACCCGUUUGGCUGAGUUAGUAACACGAGAUUUCCAUACUACAGGGCUUGCUGGGUUCGAUUCUGGUGGUCGGGAUGUCCUUAAUGAAUGUGAUCAAGCUGUCUCAGCAUCUAUUCAAACUACUGCAGCCCCGACGCUACCUGCCUCACGCCAUUCCGUUCCUACCGGCGAACUCUUAUUUCCUGCAAGACCGACACCUCGUCAGCCAUCAUUGGAUCGAUUGCAUUCUGGACCAUUCGAAUGGGCUAGAAUCAUUCGAAUAGGUGGUAUUUCCUAUCUCCUUUUAAAGGAUUUGGCCCAAGGUGGUUCUUCUACAGUUUCCCGGUCUCCCUUCUUCAUUUGGCUCUAA